GUCUAAACAUGGAGCAGAUCCGUUCUCCCAUUCAAGGGAUUCUCAUGGGGCAGGAGCUGAUUUAGUAUUGGGAGGUGUGAAGACCUGUGGCCAACUAAGGGCAUCUCUUGUUGCACCAAGAUCCUGCAUGGUAAGUCAUUCCUGAUGCUCCUCUUCUGCCUUUCCUUCAUUGACUCUUUCUCUCUCUCUCUCUCUCUCUCUCUCUCUCUCUCUCUCUUCACAUCUUAUUCUGCUAACCAACCAUGCCUCCAGUGUCUACCUGUGUCUUAUUUGAACCUAAGAUUGUUUGAGCUUUAAACUAUUUUGAAAGGGCCAAGACUAUGACACAGCAGCCUUGUGGAAAGCAUGUCUAGGUCUGGUUCAGGAAACCGGGUGAAAAUUCAGGAUGGGGCUCCUCCUGCUCUAAUAGGUCAUAGAACAGAGAAUUUCAGCUUCUCUUUAUAUAUAUAUUUAAUGUAUCAUUUCCAACAGUCCUUUAACAUAACUUCUUAUCUUAUACAAUAUUUUAGACUUCCGUCAACAACCUCUGAAGAUUUUCCGUUCUUUAUCACUUAUUCUGCAUUUCUUAAUUUCUCUAUUACUUUUAAUUGCCAUUAACUAAUAACUCUCUUCCUUGCAAUAUUUCAUAUAAUCCUCCUUACAGAACUUCUUGCAGUCCUACUAGCGUAAUCUGCUUAUUACAAUUGCUUUUCAAAUAGCUCAGAUAUUUACUCCAGUCUUCUAAGAAUCUCUGGUCCCGCAGGUUUCAAAUCCUUCCUGUUAAUUUAUCUAAUUUCAUUUGCCAUUCUUUCGUCGGUAAUGAGAAUUUCAGCUUCUCAUUCCUGCUAUACCUGCUGAAAUUCCCUCUCCUAGACAACUGUUAAAGAUGCAAUAGCCCUGGCUUCUUUUCUUUUCCCAGAUGCCCAUGAGAAGGUCAUAAGCUAUUUUUUAUUUAUUUAUUUAUUCAUUCAUUUGUUCGUUCAUUCAUUCAUUCAUUCAUUCAUCCAUCUAUCUAUGGGAGGAUAAGGCUAUCAGUGACUCCUAACCCUGAUGGCUGGGUUCUACUUCCACUGCUGAAGACUGAAUACCGGUUGAUGGAUGAUGGAAACCACAGAAGGGGGGGGGGCGUUGCUGUGCUCAGGUCUUCCCUUAGACAUCUGCUUGAGCACUGUGAGAACAGGGUGCUGGGCUAGAUGUACCACUUGCCUGAUCCAGCAGGACUCAUCUUAUGUUCAUCCAUCACACAAUGAACAGCGGGCAAAACAAUCUCCCCUCUUUGCUAGGAAGUACAUCAGACACAGGAAGAGUGCACUAUAUGCCCAGGCAGCUCAGUUGGUUUGAGCAAACUGCUGAUAAUGCCAAGGUUGCUAGUUCAAUCCCUGUGUGAGACAGCUACAUAUUCCUGCAUUGCAGGGGGUUGGAUUAGAUGAUCCUUGGGGUCUCUCCCAAUUCUAUGAUUCUAUUAUUUCAAUUGCAGCUCUUGCAAAUGGAGGUUGUCAGCAUGUUGCUCCUGCAAUGGUCUACUGCGCAUGCUGUAGCUCAGUGUUCGGAGCUCAUUCGAAUAGGAAUAAAUGAAGCUGUCUUAUAGUGAGACCAUUUAUCCAUCUGGCCAAGUAAUGUCUGUUCUGGUAGGCAGUGACUCUUGGCUUCCAACAAGGGGUCCUUCACACCACUUACUACUUUACAUUCCUUAAACAUGCUGGGGAUUGAAUUCUGAGACUUUCUGCGUGGGAAGCGUAUCUCUGGAUGGUGAAAUGUUCUCAGGGUGCUGCACCUAACCUGGGUUUGCUUCUCUUUGGAAGGAGGUUACUGCAGGUUUGUGGGCAUUUGGUAAAUAUUUACAGACGUACAAGUUGCCCAUAGAACCUAAGCACCAUAUUUUUCACUCUAUAAGACGCACCAGACCAUAAGACGCACCUAGUUUUUAGAGGAGGAAAACAAGAAAAAAAAUAUUCUGAAUCUCAGAAGCCAGAACAACAAGAGGGAUUGCGAAAGCAGUGAUCCCUCUUGCUGUUCUGGCUUCUGGGAUAGCUGCGCAGCCUGCAUUGGCUCCAUAAGAUGCACACACAUUUCCCCUUACUUUUUAGGAGGAAAAAAGUGAGUCUUAUAGAGCAAAAAAUAUGGUACUUUUCACAUGGCUCCCACAUCAGAUCUCUAAAGCGACAGCCAAGCCCCUGAGAUGCUUUCAGAACCCAAGCUCAGCUCUCUGUGCCUUUCUCUCUCAUACAAAUGCACUCUGUUCUGUUCAUUUCAUUCGCAAACACAUAUCCACCCCCAUCUUGAGCUGGGCGCAGGGUCUUCUCCCUUCUCUGCUUGUUCUUUUCAGAACACUCCCCCCCCCCCAGUCAUCCUGCAUCGAGAUACAAUUGCUUAAUGAUUUAGUUCCCACGUUAAUACAUUUCCUGCAGUUUACAUCACAAAUGGAUAUGCCUGACCAACAUGCUUCAGUGGCAACUGUGGGCAAGAUUCCUGUAUUGCUAGGAUGACCCUUGGUCAUAGCUAUCAACUUUUCCCUUUUCUUGCGAGGAAUCCUAUUCAGAAUAAGGGAAUUUCCCUUUAAAAAAGGGAAAUGUUGACAGCUAUGCCCUUGGUGUCUCUUCCAACUCUACAGUUCUAUGAUUCUAUGUUAGACCAACUUUAAGCAGUCCAUCGAGCCCAUUGAACCUCUCCUGUCAAGCCCUCCAAUCUUACAAUAGAUUCCAUUAACAAAUAUAUGACUCAUUCUCCCCUGUUUUUUUGUGGUCAAACAAACCUGGCAGGCAAUACGCUUGUUCUUAGCUGAAAGGAGGAGCUGUUGUCCAAGAACAUCUUGAGACCACCAGGUUGGGGGAGCCUGGUCUACUGUUUCAAGACCAGUCAACCAGCAGAGAAUUCCAAGGGCCAGAUAGCGAGGCCUUGGGGUCACAUUCAGUCCCCAAGCCUGAAGCUUUCCACCCUUUUUAGUUAAAUUCAAAGUAAAUCCCUCAAGUCUGCACCUUGUCCUCUCUAGCGGAUCCAGGUUUUAGAAGCUGUUUCAUGUUGGUGAUUUCUGAUUUGUGUACAGCUUGCAGUCCUUCCAGUGUGAGGAUGUAUGUGAGUGUAUGUUGCAGGAGGCAACCCCAAGAGGAUGGAGUGGGGCAACCGCACCACGAUGGUGAAGGAGUUUGUGCUGCUGGGUCUCUCUCAGAGAAGGGAGGUCCAGCUCUUUCUCUUUGUCCUCUUCCUCUUCUUUGACACCCUCAUCUUGCCUGUGAACAUCCUCAUCAUCGUGACCAUCUUGAGCAACCCCCGCCUCAGCUCCCCCAUGUUCUUCUUCCUGGGCAACCUGGCCUUCCUAGACCUCUGCUACUGUUCAGUCACCCCGCCCAAGAUGUUGUCUGACCUGUACUCGCAGCGGAAAGCCAUCUCAUAUUGGGGCUGCAUGUCCCAGAUCUUCUUCCUCCACUGGCUGGGAGCGGCCGAAUUCCUCCUCCUCAUUGGCAUGGCCUUUGACCGGUACGUGGCCAUCUGCCACCCUCUGCGUUAUGGCAACGUGGUGAGCAAAGCUGUCUGCUGGGGACUGGUUGCAACCGUGUGGCUCCUUGGCUUAAUGCAUUCCCUGAUCCAGUUCAUUCCCAUCAUCCAGCUACCCUUCUGCGGCCCAAACAAGCUGGACAACUUCUUCUGCGACAUCAACCAGAUCAUCAAGCUGGCCUGCACCGACACAUACAACCUGGAGUUUGUCAUGUUCUUCAACAGCGGCUUGGCCACUUUGAUAUGUUUCAUUCUCCUCCUCAUCUCCUACGGGGCCCUUCUGUCCAAGGUGAGGUCCAGCUCCACCAAAGGGAAGGGCAAGACAGCCUCCACGUGCGUCACCCACAUCAUCAUCGUCUUCAUCAUGUUUGCUCCCGCAAUCUACAUGUACUGCCGCCCCUUCCAGGCCUUCGCUCUUGAUAAGUUGGUCGCCAUCUUCCACACUGUGGUCUUCCCCUUAAUGAACCCCAUGAUCUACACCCUGAGGAACAACGAAAUCAAAGUUGCCAUAUGGAAGAUGGUCACCAAAACCAAGGUCUGGGGUGGGAAGUGAUACCGCAGGAGCAGAGCAUGAUCCGUCGCCUGUAUUAACUCUCUGUUUUUCACUGCAUUGUCAGGGCCAGUCGUGUACAUGUAGGGAUGGGGAAGGAACUCAAUUCAGUUCACAUUUAAAAGUGAAUCUUCCAGGGCACCUUCUAUCAUAUGUGGUGGAACUGUAAAACAAUAAAGGAAUUCUGGGAAACGAUAUAUAAUAAACUUUUUAAAAUGUUUAGAAUAACUUUUGUUAAAAAACCAGAAGCCCUUUUGUUAGGAAUUGUAGGUGCAGAGAUACCGAAGGAAUUGAAAAGACUGUUUAUGUACAGCUGCAAGGAUACUGCUUGCUCAGAGUUGGAAAACUGAUAAGAUACCUACGAAAGCAGACUGGCAGAUGAAAAUACUAGACUAUGCAAAGAUGGCAAGACUGACUGGGAAAAUCAGAAAUUGGGAGGAUCAAAACUUCAAUAGAGAAUGGGACAAAUAUAGACUGCAUCUAAAAGAACACUGUAAACACUUGAACUCUUUGACAGGCUUUAAAUAACUCUUGCAAGGUCACAAAGACUUUGGAUAUAAUGGAAGACUGUAAUUUGGAUGAGUUUAUCAUAUGCAGUUGGCAAAGGUAUUUAAAGAACCCACGGAGAGGAGGAGAGAAG